GUCGACGCUGGUUGGAAGGAGGUUGAGCAGCACGGCUCCGAGCGUGAAUGUGCCCACGCGCAGUGUGCCCACCCUCCACUCGGGGACCACACCUGCAUUCGCCGUCGGGGGCCAUGGACAGGGCUCGGAGGCCAUUGGCUGCCGUCAUGCAUCCACGUAGGCGCAACCUCGGACGUGGCAGGAUUGCUCCUGUGCGCGACAUUGCACAAACGGCGGUGGCGUUGGCAGUUGUGUGGCACAUCCAAGAGAUGGAGGCGGUUUUGCUGAUUCUGAUGGUUCUCAUACGCCGAUGGACCCGAUCCAGGCGGCGGUCUGCAAUCCGCAAUUCAGUUGUUCUUGCUUCCGCCAUGGCAUUGUUGACGGGAGCCAUGGAUGCAAUUUGCGGGGAAACAAGCGUUCGUAGGUGGUGGGUGAAGCCUCGGGCUGGGGGUGCAUGGCAGAACAUGCUGAGAGAUGAUGAUGCCGGUGCCGAUUACUGGUACGACAACGUCAGGAUGGGCGAGGACACGUUUCGCGGCAUUCUGGCGACGGUGCAGCCGUUUCUGGAGAGGACGCCGACACAUUACAGGAAUCCAACCCCUCCAGACCAGUUGCUGGCAUACGCAUUGUAUCGGUGGGCAACCGGGGAGUCUUUCGAACAUUCUGCAACUGCCUUCGGGUUGGGCCGCGAGACGGGGCGCAUUGCGGUUCUUGAUGUGACAAGGUCCAUUCUGCAGGCGUAUCCGGAUGAGGUGGCAUUUCCAACUGGCCAAAGGCGUGUUGAAGCUUUCGCGAAAUUUGCAAGAAAGGGCUUCCCUUCAUGCUAUGGAGCCAUAGACUGCACCCAUCUUGGCAUAGACAAACCUGCGGGUGUUCGGGCAAGAGCGUAUUGCAAUCGAAAUCGUAAGUACUCGAUAGUGGCGCAGGUUGUGUGCGGCGCCGAUCUGCGGAUAUAUGACGUGUUUGUGGGGUGGCCCGGGUCCGUGCAUGACUCCAGGAUUCUGCGGAACUCGACACUUUGGCGAAGAGCAGAGAGCGGACAAUUGUUCACCUCCGACCCGGUUGAGCUCCCACGCCACGUCCGCACACGGGGAUACCUGCUAGGGGACAACGGCUACCCGUCCCUGCCAUGGUUGGUUGUUCCGUACGGCGGCCAACACCCGGAUGAGAGCAAUGAGAAAGUGUUUGAUGACACCCAGAAGUUGCAGCGUGGCUGCAUCGAGAGAGCAUUCGGUCGUUUGAAAAACAUGUGGAGGAUGUUCCUCCGAACCCACAAGCCCCACAUCAAGUCGUUGAUGUUGCAGUUUCGGGCUGUAUGCGUCAUCCACAAUCUUCUCAUCAACGCGGGGGUUGUCAUGGACCCAAGACUGAACAGGCGUGAUGAUGAGUCCUCUGAUGACGAGGACGACCGUCCUGAGCCCCCCCCGCCCAAUUUUACCGUGGAGGAGGCACGGAGAGAAGGUCACAUUCUCCGCCAUGCAUUGUGUGCGCAUGUCGCAGCCCACACCAGGGAGCGCCUGCUGCGGGCGGCCGCGCAUGGGGUUGGAGUCAACCCUCGCAUUUGAGUGUGACGACGUGGAGAGAGAGAGAGAGAGAGAGAGAGAGAGAGAGAGAGAGAGAGAGAGAGAGAGAGAGAGAGAGAGAGAGAGAGAGAGAGAGAGAGAG